CAUGGUCUAUAAAAUAUAUUUGAUCCUUGUCUAUUUAAUAUCCGUUUCGAAUAUUUGUAUUGAAUCAUCACACAAAUUUGAUGUGUUUGAUAAUGAGGCUGCUGGUCCAAGUAUAUCUUUUGAAUCUACUCGAUGGAGUUUAAGUGAAAUUCAAGUAACGAACGUUGAAGAGUGCAUGGAUACAUGCUACACUGAAGAAGGAUGCAAGGCAGUUGCUUUUGAUGUUCAUAAUAUGACCUGUGAAUUUAAAAGCAUUGUCAUAGGUAAAGAGGAAAAAAAUGGACAUGAUCUUUAUAUGAAAAUACCUUCAGAAAUAGAGCAUCAGUAUAAACUUUAUAAAAAUUCAAUUGUGACACUAAAUUUUCCUUUUGUUUCUGCAAAGUUUGGAUUAUCAACAAUUCCUAAUACAGAUGUUGAGGAAUGUCUAAGUAUUUGCAAUUCGGAACCAUUGUGCAGAGCAAUUACCUUUAAUAUUACUGGCAAUAAUUGCAAUUUAAAGAGUAGUUUUACCGGUGAAACUUUCAACAAUGACUGUCAUACGUAUGUUAAAUUGUUAACAGAUGAAUAUUCAGUUUAUGCAAAUUCUGUAGCUAUUGGAGGUACUUCGUAUUUUACUUCAGUUUGGGGAUCUUCAAAUAAAAUUGUUAAAGAUCUUACUGAAUGUCUAGAUGUUUGCAGUUUAAGUUCAAAGUGCAGAGCAGUGACUUUUCAUGUGUCACUACACUGCUAUCUAGGUACAGAAUUUACUUCAAUAACAAACAGUACUGGCUAUUCGAUUGUGGGAAAAAUGCCAAAAAUUACAGAAUACGAAAUUCAUGUGGAUAGAAUUUUUGGAUCUCAGCCAUACUAUUCAGAAAUAUUCAAAUGGAGUUCGAUGAAAGGUUUAGACAUUGAAAUAUGUUUGAACGUUUGUACUGCUGAUCUUCUUUGCAAAGGAUUUGUAUACCGAACUAGUGGUAAACGUUGUCAUUUGAUAACAGAGAUUUCUUCACAGAGCUCAUCAUUUGAACAGACAACAUAUAUUAAAAAAGAGAUAAAUGAUUGCAAUUAG